GAGGGGUGAGUGUUGUGCUUCCUUUCUAGACCUCAGCAAAACAACAACCCACAUUGUGCCUGUUCCCACGUCGCUCCUUGUUUGAACGGCAGACAUCAUGCUACCUCCCAGUAAUGGCAAAGCUCUCCAGAGGCCCGUGCUGUCCCCAGAUGGCACCUUGCUCGCACUCGUAGCACCAGACCAGAAGGUCCACCUGAUCAACCUGGUCGAAGCAGUUCACAGUCGGAGAUUCAUUACGGCGAUCAAAACACCCAAACCAACACGGGCAUUCUUGCAAGGAUGUCAUAUUCUCCGCUGGUCACCGGAGACUAUCGGGAUCACAACAGACGCCGACGAGAUACUCUCAAACACGACAUCGGAGUGCGAUGUUGGAACGAGAUGGCUGCUCCUAUCGAAUGGGCAUCGCCUGAUAGCGUUGAGCACGGACCUCAAGAGUCCAAAGAUGAUGCCGACAAGGAAUGACAACGAGGAUUCCAAACCAUCGAAUAUCCUAGCCGACUAUGAGUUGGGAGGACAUCUAGGCAAGGUCAUCCGUGCGGAGUUCGCCUUCAACCAUCGCCGGGCACUGGUCAUGUUUGAAUACGGUGGCACCGCCGCAAUACUCAGCCUCACAAAGCCACAACGAGAAGAUAUACCUCAUGUCAAAUUUCCUGAUUCCAGAAGCCUCGCAGUCGCACCUCAUAACGGGCAGAUCGCUCUUCUCAGACGGGAGGAAGGCCACGACAAAAUAACAGUCUUCGAACUGGGAAAAGAAAACAACAUAAUAUACCGAUCAUUCGACAGCAGUACCUCAGACGCUCAGAGCAUAACAUGGUGUCCGUCAGGUGAUCCCGUCAUUGCGGUUUGCGACUCGCCAUCGUACGGUGUGAGAGUCUCCUUCUUCACCGCACAAGGCCACCCUCUGAAACAGCUGGACAUCUCUGCAAGCACAUUCACAACACAUCUUCCUCGUGUUGGUCACCCCCUGGCUGUCGAUACCGAAGGUCCUGGCCAUAUGCACUGGCAAUGGCGCCGUGACGGUGAUCGGUCAAUUCAGAUCGCAGCCAACGGCCAGAAUCAAGUCCUGAUUCGAUACCAAUCCGCAAAGAGCAUAUCCACACAACUUAUCACAGCUUUCACCCACCCGGAGACAAUCGACGGGUCAGAUACCUUUGUAUGGCAAGAGAUGACGUCCCCAACAGAUCCAACCCCAAUCUUCACCCGACUGUCAGGCAUGUUCGAUCCCACUGAACCCGACAAGCAGACGCCAGAGUCAACGCAAAUAGAUAUGGUAUCGCUCAGUUCAGACCACACGUUCGUCGCCACGCGCAUCCGCUCCGCCCCUCGAACCUUGCUUCUCUGGAAACCACAAGACCACACCACCUUUGGUAGCAAUCCACGUCCACACCCACACACAGCCCUCAUCUUCACACAUCUCAUAAGACAAAUUCACUGGCAUCCGACAUUGUCCAAUGUCCUCAUCAUCCUCACAGCGCGCAGACAACCCCUGUUGUACGCCUGGUACCAAGAACGUCUCGGGCCGAUAACGGGCCUCCUCCCCAUCGACACAACCAGCACAAAUUACUCGGUAUCCUGGCUUCCCGAGUGCGUUCGCGAGGACGACACACAGCGUCGAUGUCCCAUGCUGAUCACAUCCAGCACGGCCUUUGAGGUAGGAUACCUGCAGGCCUCGGAGGGAAGGAUCCUGUUUAAAAGUUUAAUCAAUCCUGACACCGAUUCCGAUCACAGCCACACUCCCGGCGACAGAAAACUCGCGGGAGAGGGAGAACAAGAGCCGCUUACAGACGCGACACCGACACUGGGUGAGAUGACAAGUGACAUCGACACGCCGAGUCGUAAGCAUCCUCGCCCUGGUUCUGGACGUGACCAGACCCAAGGACUGAAAAAGACGAGGUUCGCCGUCGACCCCAAUCCGCGAAGGGACAAGGAAGAUCCACUCUUUGCGCAGGCGAGGUGGGGACGCUGGUAGAUGUUCACCUACUAGACGAAGCAGAAGUGAUGAAGACGAUGAACGGUGGACCACAGUCGACACACAAGGUACCUUGGGAGAUAAGACCUAGGUGAACGUGAAGACUACGAGAUACACACCGGCAGUGUACGCAGAUAAUGAAUAAUUCAAAUGUCAUGACAAGUUAGAUCUCCACACCUGAUGCUCAUCCACGGUUCAAAAGCACUGUACACCCUCAAUACGUUUUCAUGGACAAACCCCUCAAUCCCAUCA